ACGGGUACUACUCCAAUGACUCGGAAGCAUCGGUGUGUGUGGACGGGGUUGAUCGGUGAUUGGUGGGAGGUAGUAAUGGCUGCGAGGGAAAUAACGCCUACCUCGAAGUGGGACCUCAUGAGGAGAUUCUGGAAGGCGGUCCUUACAAACAGCUUCUUCGAUGAUAUGGCAGGGACCCAUGAGCAGGAGGGUGAUGAGAUUUUCCGUAAUGUAGGCGAUGCGGUGGUGCAGGUCCAGGCUACAUACAUGAGAGCCCAUGUGGUAGUCAUGUACUUCGGGGGACGAUGUAGGGAUUUCUCAUCAACAAUGAAGUUGGAUACGGUCAGAAGGCAUGGACACUUGGCGAGUGCGGCCCGGUGCCUGACAGUGGGAGAAACAAGGGAAAAAAUCCGGCGCAGGGAAGAUCACAUACGGUUACACCCGGCUCGUUCGGUCAACGCUGUUGAGGAGGUUGAAGGAUGGGUCCUUUUCGAGAUGAAGGCAGACGUGACGAUUAGUGGGGAGAUCAUGGCAGAUGAAAGCUUGGGGGAUGUAUGUGGUUUGGCGGAGGUACGUUUCCUCCCGCCCUUGAGGGGUUGUAUGCGUGGAGGUUGGACACGCGGAAGUGGUAUUGACUCAAGGGGCGUGGGGGUGCCAAUUCGGCCGGUGGCAUCAGAGCCUCGUAAUCGGACGAAUGGGAUUGUGCCGGAGAAUGCGCAACGGGAUGGGAGGGAGACACCUGAGCGCCCCUCGGAGGGCAGGAGAGAGGGUACACGUGGGAUACUGAAUGAAGAAAUAGGGAUGCCGCCCUCUGCACAGAUGGGCCAGGCACGACCAUCGAACGAAGGAAUCAGGGGAUCGCAACAGGAAGAAAUAGGGAUGCCGCCCUUUGCACAGAUGGGCCAGGCACGGGCAUCGAACGAAGGACUCGGGGGAUUGCAACAGGAGGGAAUGUCGAGGCAGCACCAAGAAGAAGCGACUCCGCAUGAGACGGUGGUUCCAGAAAGAUCGGCUGCUAACAGCAAUCAAGGCCAUGAGGACACCUGUAUGCAAGAUGUUUUCCAGGUACCAGUGGUGGAAAUGAUCAGUGAGCCUCGAGGGAAUGAUGGCACCCUUCCCCAAGGAGGUUUGGGUCAGAGGCACCUCGAGGGAAUGAUGGCACCCUUCCCCAAGGAGGUUUGGGUCAGAGGCUUCCCCAAGGUGGUUUGGGUCAGCGCCAGGAGGAGGGUGAGGCAAGUGCCCCAGAAGGACAGUUCAAAAAUUAAAUGGGUACGGGAUGCAGAACGCAUGUCUAGGGCUUUCUUCGCCCAAAUGAAAAAGAACUCUCACUCGCCGAUGAUUGUGGCAAUGGGCCAUCCAUUCGAUCCGCUUGGGGGUAAAACGGAUAAUACUCCUGAUAUCAUUAGGUAUGUGGAAAUGUUUUAUGCAAAUCUGUACUGUGAGGAUGAGCAUUGGUCAGAAGAGGACAUGGCGGUCGUGCCGGCUGCAAAUGUAUGGGAUAAGUGUGCCACUAAGGUAUCACCUGAGCAUAAGGCCUUCUUGGAUGCACCCAUUACUCAAGAAGAAGUAGCGGAGGCGUUGCCUGGGAUGCAUAAGGGUAAGGCGCCAGGACCGGAUGGUUUGCCGACUGAAUAUUUGAUGAUUGCGGCACGUCCUCUCAUUCCGUUUUUGUGUGAAGCCUUCAAUCGUCUUUUCUCAGGAAGGGAGGCCCCUCCAGCUACCUUUGGCCUGACCACGAUUGUUCUCCUGUACAAAAAAAGGAGUAUUGAGGAAAUUAGGAAUUGGAGGCCCAUCUCGCUCUUGUCGGCGUCGUACAAGCUUUAUGCGAAGGUGCUAGCCAAUAGGGUUGCUGUGGUAUUGCCAUUCAUUGUUCACUCCACUCAGACUGGUUUCGUCCCUCGAAGGCAGAUCCUUGUGAAUGUCAUUAUGGUUCGCCAAAUCAUGGAAAGGGCUCACGACCCCCAGCCACCUUUAGCCAUGCUCUUCCUGGAUUUUGAAAAAGCCUACGACAGGGUGAGGUGGCCCUUCCUUUUGCAAGGUAUGAGGUGUAGAGGUUUUGGGGAGGGCUUUGUUAAGGCUGUCGAGGUAGUAUUGGGGAUGGCGGGGGCAAGGGUGCAGGUUAAUGGUUUUUUGUCGCCUCCACUGAGGGUCACACGCUCUGUGCGACAAGGGUGUCCCCUCUCCCCUGCGUUGUAUAUUUUGUAUGUGGAGCACUUGCAUGAAAUGAUUCGUGCGGAUGCUCAGAUUUCGGGUUAUGAGUUGCCUGGAGGAGGCCAGGUCAAGUCCAAUUCAUUUGCUGACAAUACUGCAACGGUAUCACAGGCGACACAACAGAGCAUCUCGGCCUUGCGGAAUGAGGUAGCUCUGUUUGAAAAAUAUGCAGGUGCAAGGAUUAAUUGGGAGAAGUCGGUGGCAGUGGUUCCGGAUGGAAUAGAUUGGGGGAUCUUUGAAGGGAUGAGCACUCAACUACCCGAAGACCAAUUUCUGUAUCUCGGUAUUCUGGUCCCUGCGGCGCUUUCUUCAGGACAACAACUUGAGGAUCUGUUGCACAAGGCAGUGGUGCGUAUGGUGGCCUGGGCAAAGAAGGCAUCGCAUGGGGUGUUUGGGAAAGUCCUUAUCGCUAAUAACGCGGUGUCAGCAACACUGUGGUAUGCAGGAGCGGUUUCGGAUCCUUCCAAAAGGGCCUGGAAGGGCUAUAAGCGAGCAUUGAGGAAGUUUUUAUGGAAAGAUGACCCCUGCGUUCCACAUCUCAUCUAUAGGGUGCGGUGGGAGAAGUUGGUACAGCCUAGGUCGGCUGAGGGGCUGGGACUGUUGGACCCCCGCAUUCAGGUUUCUGCGUUGCAAAUGCGGACGGUUUUGUGGCUUCUUCUAGAAGAGGAUACGAAGCCCUGGAAACUGGUCACUUUGCGGGAAAUGGCAGAGGCAAUCAGAGUCCACCCGGCGGAUGUUGAGACGACUCUUCUCCAUCCUCAACUCCUUCGAGGUCUUCGGCGGGGGGCGUUGUGGUCGGGGAUGGCUGCGGCCUAUGCUGCCGAUACAGCUCGUGCGACAUUUUGGGCGGCUGUGUGGGCUAUGCGAGCAAGGUUGUUGCGUGAAGGGGUGCCGACAUCCUUCUCGACGCUGCGAGCUUGGAUGCUGCGGAAUUUGAGAGUGGCGAUCUCUGCAGAUGUUUCUAGAAGACGGAGGGGUGGUUGGUCUUUCUUUGUCAAGGCUUGGAAGCCGUAUUAUAGGGUGAUCACAGUAGGAGAUCAGGUUGGACAAUGGUCUGGGGAGCUUACGUGGGACGACGAGGUCUAGAGGGGGGGGUGUUGCUAGGAGAAGGGACUUGUGAGGAUAGGUGAGAAUGUGGUCGCAAUCGUCUAGAUUAAGUAAUGGAGCUCU